GUCACUUCCUGUGAAUCUCUGAUAAAGACGGGCCUGGCGGUAGCGCCGCAGGUCAAUUUUUUGGGUUUGUUCGGUGAAUCCGGGCGGAAUCGGAGCCAUCAGAACCGCAAUCAUGGUGAGUAUUUACUGGGCAGACUGUAGAGCGACUGCUCUGUGCAGAUCAGAAAGUAUUUUAUCGUUGAUACUUUUGUUCCGAUGAUGGCGGGAGUUUGAAUGGACGUCAGAUAAACGUCGGUGAGCUGCAGCUCCAGCUCCUUCUCACAAUGCCGGCUCCUCUGGUUUUAAACUUAAUAUAAACUUUUCCACAAUAUGCAGUAAUCCAAGCCCUUAACGACUUUAUAGGAAAUGAGAAACAGUUAAUUUAACGGGACUAUGCGCUCCAUUUGGUCAGCUAUCUGUUAGCUGACUUACCAACCCACCUGUGUUUUUACUUUAGUUUCCUCAGUUAGUAAGACUUUCCCUGAUGAAUAUAGGUUCAUUCAAAGUAACAUGGCUUAAACGAACGAAAACGUGCUUAUGGGGCUUAAAAGAGGAUAUCAAACAGGGUGUAUUUUCAGUUUAUUGUUCCCCCUAUAAACUUAUCAAGCAAAUAUGUCUGUUUUCAUGUUUUGUCGAUAGGGCCUACCUAUAUCUGCAAAGAGGAGUCAUCCUUAGAAAAGUUUGCAGUAAACUUAGUCCAGUAGUGAGCAUCUACACAUAAAACAAUUAACUCUAAAAAUUUACAAAGAUGUUCUCACGUUAGCGCUUCGAAAUAACGAUUCUGUGGAGAGGACUUAAAUAAAUGUAUAAAAAAAGGUGAAACAGUUUUAUAAAAGCACUUUCUAAAUAUCACCAAGGGGGAAACUAAAAUAAUAAGUUCUUGGAUAUGAAUGCCUUCAGAAGUGAUUAAAAAGUAGGGUUCUUAUGUGAACAGUGGGUCAAAAUAACGCCAUGGUCGUACCUCUUGUUACACCAAAAAAAAAAAAAAAUCUCCAUGUAGGGUUGGGCAAUAUAGAAAAAAUUCAUCACAAUUUAUUUUCAUAAAAGUCCAUAUCGAUAUAUAUCACGAUUUAAAAAAUGAAAUUUAGCUGUGCUUAGUGGUAGCAUGUCUUUUGCUACACAAUAAGCUACUGCAUCAGUGAAGUCUUUGUGUCUCUUCGAUGUUUGUGUCGUGAGAUGUUGCACUGUUAAAGUGCUAAUGUUGCGUGUAGCUGCAGCCUGCUACUACACAGUUGUUUGCUAUUUGGUUCUAAUCUGGCACAAGAUUGGGACAGCAUGAAGUGAACCUAGAGAAAUUCCCCAUUUCAUUGGCUAUUUGUAUAGUCUACCAAAACAUGGCAGAAUGCCGACUAUUGAAAAGCAUAUUGACCAUGGCUGUGUCCGAAAUGGAUCCCUAACCCCUAUAUAGGUAACUACAUAGGGGUUAGCGCCAUUUUGAGGGGUGUCUGAAACAUCAGUGGUCAAUUCGAGUGCCCCAUAGGCGACUCAAAAUUUCCCAUAAAGCAUUGCAUGUAGUGAUGCAUGUAGUGACCAUCCGAUGGCCACUCACCGGUGGUGGGCAUCCCGUCAUGCAUUGCAUCUUGCCAUGUAGUGUCCGAAACCUCCGGUGAUUGAGUUUACUACAUAGUCAACUAUAUAGUGAAAUCCCAUAUGGGGGUUAGGGAUUGAGUGAUUCAUGUCAGACACAGCUCAUGUUUUAUAUUGAUAUUGAGGGAAUUUAAUUUUUGAUAUAUCAUUUUAUCGCCCAGCCCUACCUCCAGGGUACCUAAAAUACUACCGCUCUAUCACAUAUUAAACUGACACAAAGCUUCUGAAUUUUUACAAGAGUAUACAGCUGCAGAUUAUAGCUUCAUGCUUGUUCAUCUCAUGCUGGCCUGUCCUGCAAACCCUUAGCCUCUCAUUUUCUAAACAAAAGCUUUUGUGUAGUCUGUUUUUCAAUUAAACUGUAACUGCAGUCAUGGUAUUAAGCGGUCAAAAAUAGAUUUCUCCAUACUAAAUGAAUCAGAAAUUAUCUAAGGUAAGUUGGUAUGUUUAUUGCCAACAAUUUUAUAAAUGUUUAAAUUCCUAAAACAAUGGUAUUCAUCCCUAUGUAAGAUAAUAUGUAGACUUGUUGAUGUUGGUGUUUUCUUACAGUUAGUGUUUUUCAGUAUCCUUGUAUGUGUGCACAUUCUUGACCUAUAGAAGCUUAUUCUGAAACAUGAAACAACUCUAGUGUUUGAGGCCACAUCAGUAUUCAACAUGACGUUGAUUAUCCAACAUUGGCAAACAUUACCAUAAGGAGUUUUGAUUACAGGAUUAAUGCUUGUAUGUUUGUAAGUCAUUGUCAUGCUUGUCUCUGACUGGGUCUUAGACGGUGGGUAAGAGCAGCAAGAUGCUGCAGCACAUUGACUUCAGGAUGAGGUGCAUCCUGCAGGAUGGCCGAAUCUUCAUCGGCACCUUCAAGGCUUUCGACAAACACAUGAACCUGAUCCUGUGUGACUGUGACGAGUUCAGGAAGAUCAAGUAGGUCCAAGUCCUGAGGUCAAAAGUCAUAGGGACCCUGAUUUGAUCUUCAGUGUGGUUUAUCAUGACUCUUUAUUUCUGUCAGGCCAAAGAACUCAAAGCAGCCGGAACGAGAGGAGAAGAGGGUUCUGGGUCUUGUUCUGCUGAGGGGUGAAAACCUGGUCUCUAUGACAGUGGAGGGCCCACCCCCAAAAGAUGUAAGUGGUUCCCUGAAGCCAAUCAGUGCAGACUGUGAUGUCAUCUAAACAUGCUACAUACUGUAUACCUGUAAUUUUCAAGAACAAAGGUGUGGCUAACAUGUUUAACAGAUUGUCAGAUUAUCUUCAUUCUAGGCAUUAAUUUAGAAACAUUUAUUAAGUUGUAAAGUACAAGUUUCUGUCACUCAAACCUUAAUUUACACUAAUCUCUCGACCUUUCCUUCCUCAGACCGGUAUCGCUCGUGUCCCAUUGGCUGGCGUGGCUGGAGGUCCAGGUGUGGGACGGGCAGCAGGUCGUGGUGUUCCUGCAGGGGCUCCGAUGCCUCAAGCUCCAGCUGGACUUGCUGGUCCUGUCAGAGGAGUGGGAGGUCCCUCACAGCAGGUAAUGCAGGUGGUAGCGCUGUUGGGUGUUCUGCACGCAGGUGUGGUGUGAGCUUAGGUGUUGAAACCCUUCCGUUUGUUUCCAGGUGAUGACUCCACAGGGCAGAGGAACGGUUGCUGCAGCAGCUGCAGGAGCAAGUAUCGCUGGAGCUCCUACACAGUAUCCACCUGGACGAGGAGCCCCGCCCCCAAUUGGCAGAGGAGCCCCGCCUCCAGGUGAGAUGACCGGGAGCCUAAUUCCUUUAGAUUCUUAGUGCAUAGAGUUGCUUCUAGUGGCCAGAUUCUUAGAAAAUUCUAAGAAAAUUCUUAGAGUCAUGAUGUUUUCUUAAAAUUUCCUCUAAAAGUGAAGAGUAGAUCCUAGUAAAGAUAAAAGCUAUUCCUAAAGAAUCUUAGCCAUGCCUGUAACUCUCAGUACACUUUUAGAAGAUGGUAAUUAAACUUGCAAAGUUGAGAUCCAGACAUCUGAAUUGAGUGCUCUGGAAGGAUGUCCAUGUGUUUGAUGUCUCCAGGCAGGCCUUUCUCAUGCAGUGGGAAUAUGAGACUGUAAUGUAGUCAGGACAGCCCUGUGAUGGAGUAUGCAUUGGCCCAGUUUGCAAUAUUACAAUGUGAUAUUAUAACAGCCAAAAGGGUACAUGCAUGAGUUUGUCACCUGAAUCAGAACAAAACGAACCAGCUACAGGGGAAGAAGCAUCCUCUGCAACUUGAUCGGUCUUACUACUUUUGAGGCUUUUAACAGUAGUAAACAUGACUCUUAAAUUUGAUGCCAGCACGCCAGUUACUACGCUUCUCUAAUAUAAUUUUCAAAUGUAACUAGUGAGCCUUAAAUGUCUUCCCUCACAAAUACAACCCCCUCUGAAUGUGAUGGCAACAGCCAAAUAGGAGAGGUUUCAAACUGACUGUCACUGUGGCAACUUAGGUUUCAAUAAGAAUAAGAACUUUAUUCAUCGCUGAAGGGAAAUUCAAUAAAAAAAAUUCGAUCAAUAGAAGUUAUUUUUAAUUCAAUUAAUAAAGUUCAAUUAAUAGAAGAAUUAAUUGAAAUUCAAGACAAGCGUUUUCAUGUGACAGUGCAGUAUGUCCACAACUACACUUUUUGUUAAAUGUCUCCAUCGUCUGCAAUGAUCCCCAGACCACAAUCUAAGAGAGUCAGAGUGGGUCUUGACUCUCCUAGAAGCGGCAUGAUUGACUUCUGUUACAUACUGAAUGUUUUGCUCCUCCCUCCACAGGUAUGAUGGGUCCACCCCCUGGCAUGCGGCCACCAAUGGGCCCUCCAAUGGGAAUGCCUCCUGGUCGUGGAGCCCCCAUGGGCAUGCCCCCUCCAGGCAUGAGGCCGCCUCCCCCUGGCAUGAGGGGUAAGUGCAUUUGAGAAUCACCAAAUCAAAACAUUGCUGAAAUGACUUUUAACUAACUCCCCUGCUCUCUGUUUCAGGACCACCCCCUCCCGGGAUGAGACCACCUCCCCGGCCUUAAAGAAGCCCCUCCCUCUCAUCCCUAAUUUGUUGUAUAGAUUUGCUUUUGUACCUUUUUUUUGUUUUGUUUUUAAAUAAAGUUUCCUCAGGAUGGUUUGAUUUCAGCUUGGCUCUGUUCAGUUUGUAUGGAAACGGUUCAAUAAAAGUCUGAAGUGACAGCCAAUCAUA